AUGGAACCAUGGGACACUGGAACACAGGGUACACUGGAACACGGGGGACACUGGAACACGGGGGACACUGGAACACAGGGGACACUGGAACACGGGGGACACUGGAACACAGGGGACACUGGAACACGGGGGACACUGGAACACAGGGGACACUGGAACACGGGGGACACUGGAACACGGGGGACACUGGAACAUAGGGGACACUGGAACACGGGGACACUGGAACAUAGGGGACACUGGAACACAGGGGACACUGGAACACAGGGGCCACUGGAACACAUGGGACACUGGAACACAGGGGCCACUGGAACACGGGGGACACUGGAACACGGGGGACACUGGAACACGGGGGACACUGGAACACGGGGGACACUGGAACACGGGGGACACUGGAACACGGGGGACACUGGAACACAGGGGACAACGAACACAGGGGACACUGGAACACAGGGGACAACGAACACAGGGGACACUGGAACACAGGGGACACUGGAACACAGGGGACACUGGAACACGGGGGACACUGGAACACAGGGGACAACGAACACAGGGGACACUGGAACACAGGGGACAACGAACACAGGGGACACUGGAACACAGGGGACACUGGAACACAGGGGACACUGGAACACAGGGGACACUGGAACACGGGGGACACUGGAACACAGGGUACACUGGAACACAGGGUACACUGGAACACAUGGUACACUGAAAAACAGGGGACAACGAACACAGGGGACACUGGAACAUAGGGGACACUGGAACACAGGGGACAACGAACACAGGGGACACUGGAACACAGGGGACAACGAACACAGGGGACACUGGAACACGGGGGACACUGGAACACAGGGGACACUGGAACACAGGGUACACUGGAACACAGGGUACACUGGAACACGGGGGACACUGGAACAUAGGGGACACUGGAACACUGGGGACACUGGAACACAGGGGACACUGGAACACAGGGGACACUGGAACACAGGGGACACUGGAACACAGGUGAAACUGGAACACAGGGUACACUGGAACACGGGGGACACUGGAACACAGGGGACACUGGAACACAGGGGACAACGAACACAGGGGACACUGGAACACAGGGGACAACGAACACAGGGGACACUGGAACACAGGGGACACUGGAACACAGGGGACACUGGAACACAGGGGACACUGGAACACGGGGGACACUGGAACACAGGGUACACUGGAACACAGGGUACACUGGAACACAUGGUACACUGGAACACAGGGGACAACGAACACAGGGGACACUGGAACAUAGGGGACACUGGAACACAGGGGACAACGAACACAGGGGACACUGGAACACAGGGUACAACGAACACAGGGGACACUGGAACACAGGGGACACUGGAACACGGGGGACACUGGAACACAGGGGACACUGGAACACAGGGUACACUGGAACACAGGGUACACUGGAACACAGGGGACACUGGAACAUAG